CAGCACGUCUCUCCUCGUGUCUCCCCAGUUUCAGGGAGUUUGCCUGCCCUGGGCACCCCAUGGCAUGGCUGAGCACACUGCUGCCUCAAGGCUCCGGCUCUCCGGGCUGUGCUUCCUCCUCCAAAUCCUCACCAUCAUCCUCUUUGCCAUCUUUGUCCGGUACAGCCCAGAGAGCAGCCCCAGCCUCUGCUCCCAGCAGCUGAACUGCAGUUGGAGAAACCAGGACUCGGGUUUUCAGCACCCUCGUUUCCGGAAUGUCCACCUCCAAGUUCUCCUUGGCUUUGGGCUCCUGGUGGCCUUCCUUGGCCGCUACGGGCCAGGCAGCGUGGCCAUCAGCAUCCUUAUCGUGGCCUUCGCCAUCCAGUGGGCUGUACUGAUCCAGGGCUUUUUCUCCUUCUUCCUGAAUGGCAAAAUUUACGUGGGAGCUCAGAGCAUGGUCAGCGCCGACUUCUGCACCGCGGCCGUGCUGAUCUCCACCGGAGCUGUUCUGGGCAGGGUAAACCCUGCCCAGCUGCUGCUGCUGACCCUGCUGGGAGUCACCCUCUUCACCCUCAAUGAAUACAUCCUGCUCAGCCUCAUGGGGGUAAGCGACAGCGGGGGCUCCUUGACCGUCCACACCUUCGGUGCUUAUUUCGGCUUGAUGGUUUCACGGAUCCUGCACCAGCCCCAUACGGCCAAGAGGAAAGAGCAGCAAGACACAGGCCACCAGCCAGAUAUCUUUGCUGUCAUCGGAACCAUCUACCUGUGGAUCUUCUGGCCCAGUUUCACCUCAGCCACCACCAUCCGUGACAAUCCUGAGCCCUGGGCAGUGCUCAACACCUACUUCUCGCUGGCGGCGAGCACCCUGGCCACCUUUGUCCUCUCACCUGUCCUCUACGAGGAGAGCACCCUGUGGGCGGUUCAGAUCCAGGAUGCCGCCUUGGCUGGUGCGGCCGUGAUGGGUAUGGCUGGGGAGAUGCUGGUCACCCCCUUCGGGGCCCUCAGCGCGGGGUUUCUGGCCGGCUUGAUCGCCCCACUUGGCUUCAGAUUCCUCACGCCCGUCCUGUGCUCCAGGCUGAAAAUCCAGGACACGUGUGGGGUUCACAACGUCCACGGGCUGCCAGGGAUCCUGGGCGCCUUGCUGGGGACACUGCUGGCGGCACUGGCCACCGCAGAUGCUUACGGUGGCAGGCUGGAGCUGGUGUUCCCACUGGUGGCCCAGGGCAGCCGGACACCCCGCGGCCAGGCGCUCUGCCAGCUCUGCGCCCUGCCCAUCACCCUGCUGCUCGCCACGCUCGGGGGCUGCCUCACGGGAGCCGUCCUGAAAAUGAAGGGGCUGAGAUCUCCCCCGGACACGCCGUGCCUGGAAAAUACGGUCCUCUGGCAGGUGCCCGAGGAAGGAUGUGACCCCAGGGCAAGCGAAAAGGAACCAGGCACCAGCACCUUGGUCUAAUGACCCCACCGGUGAGGUCCUGCACCACCAGGCUCAACCCUCUACCAGCAUCACCAGUGCCAGAUAGCUUCUGGCAGCCUGAAUGUCCCAGCAGUCUGCUCCGGAGACAGCCAGGCUUGUCCCCAUGCAGGAGCCACCUCCUGGUCCCAGCGGUUUUGGGAGCAGGUGGGUGCCCACAGGUCUUUGCAGGGUGAAGAGAUGCUGCAGUGAUACAGGUCCUUGCUGUAGGAGCGACCUGGCUUGCUCCAAGGACACCUCAGGGUGUCUGGACUUAGCUCUGCUCCGUGCCUCAGUUUCCCCAUCGACUGCUCUCUGAAGAGAGGAAGGGCAUGAGGGGGGCUGUGUUGGGGAAGGGGCAUACCAGGCUCCCCAGAGAGCAGCAGAAACUUUCUACAGACAUUUUUGUACACAAUUAAACCACGUAGAUCUUUUGUAGCUUCAGGAUUUGCUGGUGAAUUCAUGCGGCACCUGCCCAGCUUUGCUGCCUGAGUUUCCUUCAGGUUUCUUUCCAGGGAGGAAAGCAAAGCCCCCAAGACCCCCCUUCACCCUAAAGACUGGUGCCCCUGCGGUGGGUUUCAUGGGUUGCUGCAUCCCAGUUGUCCCUCUCCCCUAGGCAGGGGGACUCUCCUGGAGCUUUGGCCACCAGAAGCUGCGACAGCCCAGAGCAGCCAGCACCCAGGGGUGAGACCAGGGUGGCACGAGGGUCCCCAGCGUAGGACCCUUACCACCUUGCACCAGGGACUGGGACCAAGAAAAAGCCCCCCUCCUCAAAACAGGAAAGCGUCCCCCAGGAUGCACCGCCACUGGGAAAGGGAUGCUCCUGUGGUCAUUGCAGCCCCCAGGUGCCCCUGCUUUCCAGGACCCCCAGUAGCACCCAGCACCCCGGAGCAGGUUUGAGCACCCUGGGAAUGUAGCAGCCUGAGCGAGACCAAGGGGGUGUCCUGCAGCACCUGGAGCAGGGGCACAGCCCCGGGGGGGGACAGUGGCCGUGCUGGGGGUCCCCGGUCAGAGGCGGCCCUGGGGGUACCCACCUCCAGCACACCCAGGGAGGCUGCCAGACGCUUUCACACCUCCAGUGCCAGACUCUGGCGCUCGCCAUGUGGGGUUCCCGUGGGUGCAGGUGUCCCCAGCU